AUGAAAAGCUUCACUUGCCUCUUGGGCCUUUUGGCUCUUAUUUCAUGUUUUACGCCAAUUGCGAGUCAUAGAGGCUACCGGAGAUUCUAUGACUCCAACUCGCAGGAAGAACUUGAUCACCACUCCGAGAAACCAUGGCACCCGGAAGGCCGUCCCGCUCCUCCUCCUCCCAAUUACCCUUUCAUGCCAGGGCAGGUUGAACAAUUUCAUCCACCUCCCCAUUAUCCAGGCUCUAUGUCUUCUCAAUAUAUUAAAAACCCUUGGAAUCGAUGGUGGGGACACAUUCCUCAUUAUCCCAAGCGACCUAAGAAAAUGCCUUGCGUUCCAAGACAUCCUUUACCAAGACCCCCAUCCCCUCCUGUUGCUGUACCCCCUUCCCCUAGUCCCACACCUGAAAUACCCACAACCACCCCAACCACCACAGCUGUGGCCCCAACUGCCAAAGAAACCACCACAGAAUUCCCCACAGUAGCACCUACUUCUUCUUCAACAGUAGCACCUACUUCUCCAACAGUAGAGCCCACCACUCCCACUAAGGCCCCAACCCCUCCAGAGGGCACAACCCCAGUGACAACCAGCCCUGCCUCUGCCGACCUUAGACAGUGGGUGAAGACAGUAUUUGAUCUUCUAUUUGGUGGUUCCCCAUAG